GUAUAAAAAUAGCGCAUCGCACGCGCUGACGUUGUUUUCCAUCCAGUCACCACAAGCGCGCAGACGAUACAACGUCAUACGGACAACGACUGAGUCGAGCAGGAUUUAACUGAUACAGCAUUUUGUUUGAGCUGUUCGAGACGUGAGACCAGAGCAUCAUGGCCCAGUUCUGUGGCAAGUGGGAGCUGGUGGGGAGUGACGACAACUUCUUCAAGUACAUGGAGAGUGUGGGCGUGAGUGAAGAAAAGAGGCAGCUAGCCAAGACGGCGUUAACUGCCGGGUCCAAGCUGGUCCAGAGCAUCUCGCGAGACGGGACCAAGUGGACGGUCGGCGUGGUGACCAAGGAGGGCGAGAAGGCUGACGUCUACACGGAGGGGACUCCCACAGAGGUGUUCACGCUGGACGGCAGAAAGGUCACGGCUGUUUACAGUCUCGAGGGCGAUAGUCUGGUGGAGAAUCAAAAGGGAGACGGAUUCGAAUCCAGAAAUGUUCGAACGGUCAACGGGGAUAUACUGACGAUGACGCUGACAGCAAACGACGGAGUCUCCUGUACAAGAACGUAUAAAAAGGUUUCCUAAACAGAAGAUCACCUUAGUUUUUUUGUCUAAUUAUCAAGAUCAUCAUUCUUCACGUCGUGUAAUCAUACUCGUAAUUAGAACUAAUUAAACAAUAAAUGCAACGGAUAGUUAUAAUCAA